GGUAAUUUUCAGCAGUUCAGCUACAGUAGAUAGACACUCGGGCCGCGCACCAUCGCUCAACGGUAUCGUUGCCAAAGUGACGAGAUCUCAACCGUUAGAUCCCCCCAAUUUUAGCUAUGGCCGACUGUGCGUCGGCUGAAGGGUGUUGGCCCCCGCAAGCUAAGAAGGAAUGCGCCCCCGCUGCUGCCAGCUGCUGCGGCGAAGGUGGAGGAGCUUGUGGCGAUGGCGGCCCAGCGAAGGUGGAAGAAGAACCCUCCAGCUCUAGCGAUGGUGGAAAAUCUUGUGGAGAUGCUGCUGCCGUCGCAGCCCCCGAAUCUGUGGACGUGGUAAUCUCCAACUGUGUCAUCAACUUGACCCCAGACAAAAGGCCCGUUCUUUCGGAGGCCGCUCGCAUUCUGAAGCCGGGGGGAGAACUCUACUUCUCCGAUGUGUUUGCAGACAGGCGGAUUCCGAAGCACCUGCGUGACGACAAGGUCUUGUUCGGCGAGUGCUUGUCAGGAGCUCUCUAUGUGAAGGAUUUCGGCCAAUUGAUGAGUGAGGUUGGACUGGGGGCAUGGGGAGUCGUCAACCAUUUGCUCAUUACCGCCAACAAUGAGAAGAUUUUGGAACGUGUAGGAGACAUCACUUUCUACAGCCUCACGGUGCGUGCCAUCAAGGUGGACCCAAGCAAACUGGAAGAUGCUCUCGAGGACUUCGGACAGACUGCGACGUACAAUGGGGCCAUUCCUGGCUAUGAAGAGUUUUUCAGUCUGGACCUGAAGAACACCUUUGCAAAAGGGAAGCCGACUCCCGUCGACGGGCUGACGGCAUCGUUGAUCCUCUCCUCUAGAUACGGUCCGCACUUCUCCGUCACAGAGAAGGGGUCACACAGGGGCAUCUUUUGUGGUGAGAAUGCCAUUGCUGGAGGGCCUGUUGGCUGGGCCCUUUUCCUGGCGAAGGAGGCCAAGAACGCCCCACCUGCUAAAUGUGGGUCAUGCUGUUGCUGACGGAGAUGAAGUCAGAUUGGCCUUCUCUUUUCUUCUUCUUUUUUUUUUCUUCUAGAAUGGCCAUUUGUGGAAAUCGAAAUUCAAAACACGAUUAGAAAAAGUGGUUAAAAAAAAAAAGGAUAACGGACACCAAGUAAGAAGGAGAAGCCUUCCACCGCAAUCAGUAUUGAAGGGAGAUUGAAGUCCAUAAUUGGGACUUUGGCGAGUGUAUUUGGUCGACCACUAAGAUCAGGUUCUGCCCAGAAUAUCCCAAUGUGAGAGUCUGUUUUUCAGGCUAGGCAUGCCUGCUGGACAACGAUGAUCAUGGGUGUACCAACUGAGCUACGUAGGCAUUAUUGCUACACCCGU